AUGACUACAACCCCAGAGCCCAUAGCUGUAGUUGGUGUUGGGUGCCGCUUCCCAGGCGGCUGCAACACGCCAUCAAAGUUGUGGGAUCUCAUCUGCGAGCAACGAGACAUCCAGUCGAAGAUCCCUGCCGAGCGAUACAACAGUGAUGCCUUCUAUAACGAGGAUGGGUCAAAACCGGGAUGCACCAACGUCAACCAUGGCUACUUUCUCGACGAAGAUAUCAGAGCAUUCGAUGCGGCCUUCUUCAGGAUGAAUCCAGCUGAAGUAGAAGCAGUGGACCCACAACAGCGCAUGCUGCUUGAGACUGUCUUCGAAGCUCUCGAAUCUGCUGGUACUACAAUAGACCAGCUCCAAGGUACGGAUACAGCAGUAUACGUUGGUUGCAUGACCAGCGACUAUGUCGAAAUGCUCUUGCGGGAUCCCCUCGAUUUUCCGAAGUACAUGGCACCGGGAACAGCUAGGUCUAUCUUGUCUAACAGAAUAUCGUACUUCUACGACUGGCAUGGACCAUCCAUGACUAUCGAUACCGCAUGCUCGGCAAGUCUUGUGGCAGUACACGAGGCAGUACAAGCGCUUCGAUCAGGCAUAUCUAGAGUCGCUUGUGCAGCAGGGUCUAACGCCAUUCUUGGUCCGGAAAACUUCGUUAUCGAAUCUAAGUUACAACUCUUGUCUCCUACGGGAAGAAGUCGUAUGUGGGAUGCUGCAGCGGACGGAUACGCACGCGGAGAAGGAGCGGCUGCAUUAAUUAUGAAAAAGCUUUCGCACGCGCUUGCUGAUGGGGACGAAGUCUACUGCAUCAUUCGCGAGACGGGUGUCAACUCUGACGGCCGGACCAAUGGAAUUACUAUGCCUUCUGCGGAAGCACAGGCCGCGUUGAUUCGGAAAACGUACGCUCGUGCUGGCUUGGACCCGCUCAAGGAUGGAUGCCAGUUCUUUGAAGCUCAUGGAACUGGCACCCAGGCUGGCGAUCCACAAGAAGCGCGUGCCAUUCACGACGUUUUCUUCCCUGAGCUUCGAGACUCAGCUGACGUUCUCUACGUUGGUUCUGUGAAGACUGUUAUAGGUCAUCUUGAGGGGGCUGCUGGAGUAGCAGGGCUCAUUAAAGCUGCUGAGGCAGUACGAAGAGCUGUGGUGCCUCCGAACAUGCUUUUGCAAAAACUGAAUCCAGCUAUUGAGCCAUUUUGCGUCAAUCUCAAGGUGCCAACGCAGUCCUUGCCGUGGCCACACUUACCAUUAGGUGGCCCAAGACGGGCUAGUGUGAACUCGUUCGGUUUCGGGGGCACCAAUGCACACGCGAUUAUUGAGAGCUACGAACAUCAAACAUUCACAAGACGAGGACCGCAACAACUUAGUAUAUUUCCCUCGCCAGUACUGCUGUCUGCAAAUUCAGAUCUGUCCCUCCGGGCUCAAGCGACAGCACUCGCUGAUUUUCUCGAGUCCAACGAGUCGACUUCUUGGCUUGACUUACUGUAUACUUUACAGUCCAGAAGGAGCCAGCAUUACGUUCGAUUGGCUUUGUCAUCGACCUCUAGAGAAGAUCUUCUCCGCAAGCUCAGAGCUACUGCACAAUCUAACAGCAAUGUUGGUAUCAACAUGACAAAACCCUCCUCCAGCUUUCGCUUCCUUGGCGUAUUUACUGGACAAGGCGCUCAAUGGGCUACCAUGGGCAGUGAGCUAUUGAGAACCUGCUCAACAGCGCAGAAGUGCUUCAAGCAGCUUGAUGCCUCUUUGUCCACGCUCCCAGAUGCGCCAGCUUGGACUCUCUCUGAACAAUGCCGCGCCGGGAGUGACACUUCGCGACUUGGUGAAGCAGUAAUUGCACAGCCACUCUGCACUGCAGUACAGAUCAUGGUGGUCGACCUCUUGAAACAGGCUGGUGUUGAUCUGCACUCAGUUGUGGGUCAUAGCUCCGGAGAGAUUGCUGCUGCAUACGCCGUGGGUGCUAUCUCCGCACAUGAUGCAAUCCGCAUUGCAUACUAUCGUGGCCUCUAUGUCUCUCUUGCUAGGAGUCAGGAUGGAAAAAAAGGUGCUAUGAUGGCUGUAGGCUUGUCGUAUGAGGAGGCUUGCGAGCUUUGUGAAGGCGAAUUCGCCAGACGUGUGGAUGUCGCGGCGUGGAAUUCAGACACAAGCGUCACCCUAUCCGGCGACGAAGAUGCGAUCUUGGAGAUCAAAGCCAGGCUAGAAGACAGAGAGGUCUUUGCUCGGUUGCUCAAAGUCGAUACCGCAUAUCACUCGCACCAUAUGGUGGCGUGCUCGAGUGCAUAUACGAAGGCCUUGCAAUCUUGCUCGAUCAAGCCAAAUCAUCCCAAAAGGGGCCGUACAUGGUUCUCUAGCGUAUAUGCCGGAAGAAUUGAAGGUGAUCUCAUCGCAAAGUUAUCCUGCGAUUAUUGGGUCGAUAACCUGCUCAGCCCGGUCAUGUUUCACGACACCAUCGAGACUGCGGCUCACGGAGACCUGCUCUGCAAUGCCGCGAUUGAAGUUGGACCACAUCCAGCAUUGAAGACUCCCGUGUCACAAACAUACCAGCGUACCAUCAAUCGCCAGCUCCCUUACUACGGAACUCUCUUCCGUAGGCGUAACGACAUCGAAGCACUUAGUGAGACUUUAGGGGCUCUUUGGGUUCAGCUUGGUUCUAACGCUGUUGACUUUGCUCAAUACAAUCAAGCUUUCUUUGGCACGAACCCAGUCCCCACGUUGAUGACACUACCAGGCUAUAAAUGGGAUCAUAGUAAGCAAUUUUGGAAAGAAGGACGCAAGUCACUAGUGUACCGCACACGAAGUGAGAAGGCUCAUCCAUUACUCGGCAAACGUGCUGUCGACGACAUUGACGAGGAAAAACGAUGGGAGAACUGCUUACGGCUUCAGGACUUGCCUUGGCUUUCGGGCCAUGUCGUCCAGGGCCAGGUAGUAUAUCCAGCUGCGGCAUACUUGGUGAUGGCGCUCGCGGCAUCUCGAACGCUGGUCUCGGAACAGGAAGUGGCUUUCUACGAGCUUUCCGACGUGGAGAUUGAUAGCGCAAUUCUACUCGGGGAGAAUGAUGCCAACGUCCGGACCCUGUUCACGCUGAAUACUGUUUCAGUGCGAAGGUCUGUUUCAGAUAUCCAGGCUGAGUGGGCUUGUCGUUCCGUGUCCGCUGAUGACAACAACGCAAAGUGGCGUGUCAAUGCGAAAGGGAAGGUCAGACUCUUGCUGAAAAGCAAAUGUGCUGAGAAGCUUCCACUGCGUAUUGCCGUUGCUCAGACCUUACUCACUCGUGUGGGCUCGGACAGACUUUACAGCAACAUCGAAAGAUUGGGAAUGUCUUAUUCAGGGCCUUUCAGGCGUUUAGAAGAUAUUCAAAGAAGAUCGAAAUACGCCACUGCUACAUUGAGAGGCCUUGAGACGACGGAUCCUAUUCAUCCAGCUGUCCUUGAUUCAACAUUCCAGCCAUUAAUUGCAGCGAUGGGAUAUCCAGGAGACGGCUCAAUGAAUUCUGCUUGUGUGCCGACCCAGAUUCGCUGCAUACGAAUUGCCGGCUCUCAACACAUGUCAAACAGUGGUAGGCGCUUAAUUGUGGACACUUUCGCCACAGCAUCAGGUGCGCGUUCCUUCACAGGUGACGUCGAGCUGUACGAUGUCGAGAGCGGAGAUGCAUUGAUGCAGGUGGAAAGUAUCACAUGCACGACUUUGAGUCAGCCCAGUCCGAGCGACUACAAGGAGCUUUACACGAAGGAGGUCUGGGAACUAGACAUUGGAAGUGGCGUUACAAUCAGCCAGAGCGGCCGGAAAGAUAAGCCAGAGGAUCUUGAUCUACUGUCAUUCCAAGAACGUCUGGCGUAUUCCUAUCUCCGAAGGUUCUAUCGAUCAUUCUCAACCACGGACGUAUCCUUGAUGGAACCACACUUCACCAGGAUUUUCGAGUGGCUUGAGAACCUGUUACCAAUCAUCGCCUCCGGCCAUCAUCCUACUGUGAAGGCAGAAUGGGCGGACGAUGAUCACGAGAUGUUGCUUCAAGAAGCCUUGAAAUUCUCAGACAGAGUUGAAUUGACCUUGCUCCAAGCUGUCGGUGAGAACUUUGCGUCCGCUGCGCGGGGUGAGACCACCAUGCUUGAGCACAUGAUUAAAGACAACAUUCUUGAACGAACGUAUACUGAGAUGGUCGGUGUUCCAUACCUCAGCUCUUGUAUCGGCAAGGUGGCGCGGCAAAUCGCCCAUCGUUACCCACAUAUGAAUAUUCUUGAAAUAGGUGCAGGCACAGGCAGCUUUACUAGUGGCAUGUUGCAAGGUCUGGGGUCGACAUUCGGCGCUUACACUUAUACGGAUAUCAGCUCUGGUUUCUUCGAGAGUGCUGAGAAGCGCUUCGGGGAGUGGUCCCACAAGAUGGAAUUCCGACAAUUGAACAUAGAAGGGGAUGCUGAACCACAAGGCUAUCAACACAACACCUAUGAUAUGGUCGUGGCGGCAAAUGUGCUCCAUGCAACCAAGUCAGUGAACAAAACACUUAAAAACGUUCGACAACUCUUGAAACCUGGUGGCUACCUCCUCCUAGUCGAGUGGACUGGCGAAAAUCUCGGUCGAUUCACAACCUACGCGGGCCUUCCUGGUUUUUGGUUGAGCGAGGAUGGUCGGACUGACGGUCCCACGCUGAAUAAAGAUGAGUGGAACGAACACUUACGGGACACGGGAUUCUCUGGCAUCGAUAUCUGGAUACCCGAUAUGGCCGAUGCAUCCAAGCACCUCAGCUCAUUAAUGGUUGUGCAGGCAGUCGAUCGAGACAUAGACAUAAUACGUUCCCCACUUACAGCCACCACGAAUCCGCUUACAGGACAUGCUAUCACCAUCAUUGGUGGACGUAUGACUGGCCUCGACAAAGCAAUCAAAGGCGUUCUGACGAGCAGCUUUUCAGGAACCAACAUUCAUCUAGUCGACAGCUUGGCGAACUUGGUGGACGAGGAAAUUCUCCCAUCCUCAUUGAUAUGCCUCGAGGAUCUGGACAGCCCUGUCUUGCAAGAUCUUUCAGAGGCAACCCUCAAGACACUUCAAAGGAUUCUUCCCAAUUGCCGACAUGUAGUGUGGGUUGGCCGUGAAGGCCGCUUUGCCAACUUAUCGAUAGGGCUUUGUCGGUCACUAGCCAAUGAAUAUGGACAGAUGGCCUUGCAGUUCCUUAAAAUCUACAAUCCUAUCGAUCUGAGGGUAUCGGUAACGAUUGCUGAGUCGAUGGCACGCAUUGUAUACUCUUCGACUUGCAAUCGCGGGCUUUCCUGGCUUUGGACUUCUGAGCCAGAGCUAGUCGUCGAUCAGCAGAAUCGGCUAUUCAUCCCUCGAUUGUUCCCAGACACCCUCUUGAACGAUCGCUACAAUGCCAAUACACUACCCAUCAAAAAAUCUGUACAACUUGACAAUCAGUCUGUCAUAGUCAGGAAGACCAACGAGGCAUUUGAUAUCUGCAAGGUUGAUUCGACCAGCCCGCCGCACAUUCGUAUCACGUGUGCCCUCCUUCGGCCGAUAAUUAUCUCAGAGGAGAGCUAUUUCGUCAGCUAUGGGCAUAAAGAGCAUCGAGAAGAUGACGGUUUUGUGGUGUUAUCACCUACUUGUAGUUCAUCGGUCCCUGUAUCUGAAAAUUGCAAAGUGUCUGUGGGCCAUCACUCAAAUGCACGAGACAUCCUGCCAUGGAUUGCAAGCAAGAUGCUCGUGCAGCGUUUUCUUCACAACUUUGACACGUAUCGAUGCCUGGCAGUCAAUGAACCAGAUGAAAUUAUCGGAGCCGAGUUGCUGCGUACAGCGGCAGAGUACGGCAUCAAGAUAAUUUGCUUCUCCUGCCAAGGAAAGGCUGGUUGUACUCCAGUACAUGCUCUAGGCCCAGAUCGAGAUCUACGACGUGUUCUCCCUAGUGAUGUGGGGACAUUUCUUAAUUUUGCACCUGACCAGGCGUCCCGGUGGAUCAGAGUACUCCCGACUCGCUGUACCUAUAUUACGGUCGAAGACCUGUGGAAAUGUGAACUCUCUCUCAAAAACUUUGCCAGCAUUACAAAAGAGGUUUUCGCUGAGGGUUUUUCAGGCGUGGAAGUUGCCGAUGUUGUAUCCAUUUCUGACUUAUCCAGCAUUACUCCAGGAAGCCUCUCAUACUCGAGCGUCGUUGAUUUCUCGGCAGCCACACAUAUCGAGGCUCUAAUGAUGCCUCCAGAUUACAGCCAAGUCGUGCGUGACGAUGGCACGUACUUCAUGGUUGGCUGUGCGGGUGGUCUGGGUCGCGCUGUGUGUUCGUGGUUGGUGGAAAAGGGCGCACGAUAUCUCGCACUUGUCAGCAGGAAUGUAUCGUCGAUCAACAAGGCUUGGCUGAAUGAGAUCGAAUCCAAGGGCACGAAAGUAAACCUGUGCCAAGCAGACGUGUCAGAUAUGGACGCACUGCGGUUGGUCCUGUCGAAAGUCAAAACAGACAUGCCACCAGUCAUAGGUGUAGUGCAUGCCGCCAUGGUAUUGAAGGACAAAGCCUUUGGGGGGUGCAAUGUCGAUGAUUUCGUCACUGUGUUCGGGCCAAAGGUGAAAGGCACCGAAAAUUUGCACCACUUGUUCAUUGACGAACCAUUGGAUUUCUUCAUCAUGUUCUCGUCCAUUGCAAGUCUGCUCGGGAGUCCAGGCCAGUCAAACUAUGCUGCAGCAAAUUUGUGCAUGACAGCGAUUGCAGCAGAGCGACGAGCCAGGGGCCUUAGCGCUUCUGUCAUUCACAUUGGCGCGGUCACUGGGUUAGGAUACGUCCUGGACUCUGGCAUUGAACGCAAGUUACUUACAAACUAUGACAUGCCAAUGCCUAUAAGUGAGCCCGCAUUUUUGGAUAUCUUCGCACAAACGAUACUGAUCGGACGACCUGGUUCCAGCCACUCUCCAGAAGUAAUCACCGGGGUGCCGCGUUACAGCCUGGAUACAGUGUUAGAGACCAGAUACGGGAGUAACCCUAAGCUUUCCCAUCACAUGAUCGAGCAGGCGACAACCAAAACCGAAGCUUCUGCCACAACUAUCAGUAUCCUUCAAUCAGUGGAUAAGAGCCAGAGCCAGGAUGAGGCAGCUCUCAUUAUCCAACGCGCUCUAUGCGCAAAGCUGGAGAAGACGCUGCAAAUGCCUGCGGAUACUAUCGACUGUGCUCAACCACUUAUGAAUCUCGGCGUUGACUCUCUUAUCGCCGUCGAGAUUCGUUCUUGGUUCUUGAAGCACCUGGAUGUCAGUCUUCCUGUUCUGAAGAUUCUUGGCGGUAGCUCUGUCGGUGACAUAUGUUACGAGGCAGCUUCGAAGGUCUUCGCCACUUCGAACAAGGCGCGUCUUGAUCCAGUAGAUCAUAAUAAACUAGUGUCACCGCCGACCACGCUUCUCAAAACUCUAUCGGAUACGCAAGACAAUUCCAGUUCAGAAUCGAGUGAAGAUAUGGGGUAUAGCCGGCCGGCCAGUGUUUCUCCGGAAUCGGACAUCGACCGUAUCGACCGCGAAGGACCACUUGCAUAUGAGCAAAAGAAAAUAUGGUCUGCAUUGAAAACCUACCGCGAUCCCACAUUAUGCAACCUUGCAGUCAUCUUCAAAAUAGCCGGCCAGCUGAAUCUUGUUAAGCUCGAGCAGGCAGGUCAACAGGUAGUCCAGCGACAUGAAAUUCUGAGGACUAGGUUCGCACAGGAUCCAUCCACUGGCGAGAUAAUGCAGUACGUGAUGGCGCAUAAGAGCACCCAGCUAGACGUCAACCCAGCCAUCACGCCGCAGGAGGCUUUCGACGCCGUACGCUCUCACACCUUUGAUCUGAAUGCUGGGGAGACCAUGAAAGCGAUUACCGUCCCACACGAAGACCAUAUCUACCUCGCAAUAGCGUGGCAUCAUCUCGCUUUUGAUGGUUUCAGUCCAGUACCAUUUCUUAAAGACUUGAACAUUACCUAUUUUGGCGGAACUCUGCCACCUCUGAAGUAUCAGUAUCUAGACUUUGUUAAUGAUCAGUUGCGAAAAACUGGUCAAGUUAAAGACCGUUUGGCGUACUGGACUUCAGAAUAUCGGCAUCUGCCGAGCACACUCCCUCUAUUCCCAUUCUCGAAAACAGAGGUGCGUCCGAUGAUGCUGUCACAAAGACCUAAGCCGCGACCAACUGUGGAGAAGACACUCCACGUCCAGCUUUGUGCCGCUGUCAAGAGUGUUUCUCGAAAAAUAGGUGCUACGCCUUUUCAUGUGUACUUGGCAGCGCUCCAGGUGCUAUUCUACCGCAUGCUGUCCGUGCAAGAUGUAUGUCUAGCAAUUCAGGUUAACAAUCGCGAGGCGGAGUUCGACGAUAAUAUCGGAGAAUUCGGUGGUCUGUUGCCCAUUAAACUCCAAACACAGGAUAAUUUCGCACAGCUGGUUAGACAUACCAGGGACAAGACGCAAGAAGGGCUUCAAGCAAUUGUACCACUUCAGUCCAUUAUGGCCGCUUUGGAUGGACCGGAAUUGGAUCGUCACGGGUCACUCUAUCAGGUUUCGGUCAAUUACAUGCCUAGCCCAGUCCGGGACAUAUCACUCGGCGGGCAUACAGCCGAAAUCUUGAAGUAUAAUCGGGUCGGUGGGUACGCAUGCGACCUCGAUCUAGAGUUGCAGGACCUCGGCAAUGAUCGCAUGCUCUUGGUUAUGCGAGGCCGGCAGGAUUUGUAUGAUGAGCUUGGUGUACAGACACUACUAACUAUUUAUGAAUGUGUCCUUUCCACGCUUGUAGAGGACACAGCGCGAUCUAUCUCUGAGGUGAACGUACCUUCUACGGCGGAAAUCGAGUUGUCCCUGAGUAAGUAUCAAAUAAAAACUAAUAUACCGCGAUUUACUAAUUGA